UGGUUCAAGCAGUGAAGUUCAUCAGCAAAGAAAGGAUGGUGUUUCAGGGUGUGUUUGUGUGCUUAAUGGUGUUGUUCCUCAGCACUUCGAUUUCUUCCCAGCUUCUUCAGUCUCAGACCUGCCGACUUAUCCGCAGCACCUCAGACCUGCCUGUGCUGGCCAGUGAGGGAGAUAUCACAAUCGGUGGCCUCUUCCCUCUACACGACAAUGUGCUAAAUAUUCCUCAAUCUUUUACUGCAAAGCCACAUUCUACGCAGUGCUCGGGGUUUAAUUUUCGAAGCUUUAGAUGGAUGCAGACAAUGAUUUUUGCCAUAGAGGAGAUCAACAGAGAUAAACGCCUCCUGACCAACUUAACUCUGGGUUAUAAGAUGUAUGACUCAUGCAGUACACAUUUCCAUGCCCUACACACAGCCUUGGCCCUGAUGAGCAAGAAUGAAGAGGGCACAGAGAAUCCAGAGUGCCGAGGCAGAGUGUCUGUUCUCAUUGGUGAUGGAGGAUCCACAUUAUCUGUAGUAGUUGCACGCUUUCUAGGUGUUUUUCAUGUUCCACAGGUAAGCUAUUCCUCCAGCUGUGCAUGUCUUAGCAAUAAAUUAGAGUUCCCUGCAUUUCUAAGAACAAUGCCCAGUGACUUUUUCCAAGUGGAUGCUCUUGCACAGCUGGUGCAACACUUCGGUUGGAGCUGGGUUGGGACUGUUGCGGGGGAUGAUGCUUAUGGUCGUGGUGGUGCCCAAAUCUUUAAUGAUGAGGUGACCAAAUUAGGUGCAUGUAUUGCUUUUUAUGAAAUUAUCCCAAAAAACCAUGAAAAAGCAGAGAUGUCCAGGAUUUUAGAGAGAAUUCGGGAUUCAGGGGCCCGUGUGGUGCUGGUCUUUGCUCUAGAGCAAGAUGCAAGGGCUCUCGUCUGGGAAGCCAUUCGUCAAAACCUCACUGGAAUCCAAUGGUUGGCCAGCGAAGCCUGGAUCACAGCAGCCAUCCUCUCCACCCCUGAAUUCCACUCCAUCUUGCAGGGCUCCAUGGGCUACGCCAUCCGCAGAGCUGAUAUUCCUGGCCUGCAGCCUUUUCUGCUCCGGUUGCAUCCCUCCAAAUACCCUCAGGACCCAUUCGUUUUGCAAUUCUGGGAGGAGAUGUUUAAGUGCUCUCUAGGUAAAGGCAGUGACAGCUCCUCUCUUAGCCCCAACUGUAAUGGCUCAGAAGUACUGGCCAACACGAGUAACAUCUACUCAGAUGUCUCUCAGCUCAGAAUCUCCUAUAAUGUUUAUAAGGCAGUUUAUGCCAUUGCUCAUGCUCUGGAUUCAAUGCUGCACUGUGAACCAGGCAAAGGACCUUUUGCUGGGGGAUCGUGCCCCAGCUCCAGCAGCAUACAGCCAUGGCAGCUCCUGCAUUAUUUAAAGCAUGUCCACUUCACUAAUGAGUUUGGUGAGGAGACUAAGUUUGACAAUAACGGAGAUCCUGUGGCAAUGUAUGAUCUCAUCAACUGGCAGCUCAGUGGCAAUGGAGUGAUGCAGUAUGCCACUGUGGGGAGGUUUGAUGAAACAAUGCAGCUUAAACUAGUGAUUGAAGAGAAAAAAAUUAUCUGGAAUGGCAACCAGAGACAAGUCCCUGUGUCCGUCUGCAGCACCAGCUGUCCUCCAGGCACUAGAAGGGCUACCAGGCCAAACUUUCCUCUCUGCUGCUUUGACUGCAUUCUCUGUGCAGCUGGGGAGGUUAGCAAUCAGACAGAUGCCUUAGAGUGUGUAAAAUGCCUGCCUGAGUUCUGGUCCAAUACUAGACAAGACACCUGCAUCCCAAAGCCGAUCGAGUUCCUCUCCUACAGUGACACCAUGGGCAUCACUUUACUGGCUGUGGCGCUGCUGGGGUCCUGUUUCACACUCGCAGUUGCUCUGAUAUUUGCCUGCAAACGCCACACACCCCUUGUCCGAGCCAACAACUCUGAGCUCAGUUUCCUCAUUCUCAGCUCACUGUGGCUUUGUUUUAUGUGUGCACUAGCUUUUAUUGGGCAGCCCACGUCCUGGUCUUGCGGGCUUCGCCACACUGCCUUUGGUAUUGCAUUCUCUCUCUGCCUAUCCUGCAUCCUGGGUAAGACUGUGGUGGUACUCGUGGCCUUCAGAGCCAACCUACCUGGCAGUAAUGUUAUGAAAUGGUUUGGCCCACUGCAGCAGCGUGUCAUUAUCUUCUUGUGCACAGCUGUGCAAGUGGUGAUUUGCUCCACGUGGCUGUGCGUGGCACCUCCCAUCCCAAUCAAGCUCAUGACCCGUGAAACUGCCCAGAUUAUCCUUUUGUGUGAUGUGGGUUCUCCUAUAGCCUUCUCCCUGGUGUUGGGCUACAUUGGACUGCUUGCAGCUAUUUGCUUCCUGCUAGCCUUCUUUGCUCGGAAGCUUCCGGACAAUUUCAAUGAGGCUAAAUUCAUUACUUUCAGUAUGUUGAUCUUCUGUGCUGUGUGGAUUGCAUUUGUUCCAGCAUAUGUUAGCUCACCAGGGAAGUACACAGUGGCUGUAGAGAUUUUUGCCAUUCUAGCCUCCAGUUACGGCCUGCUGCUGUGUAUCUUCACUCCAAAGUGUUACAUACUGUUGCUUAGACCUGAGAAAAAUACCAAGAAAUAUUUGAUGUCAAAAUCCAGUUCAGAAAGGAAAUAUUGA